AUGGCCCCAUCUCCUGAAAAUGAUAAUACUCCUAAAGCCCCUGAUAAAAGUGACAAGAGUAAAUCAGAAAGAAUUGCUACUUCGGAUAACACAAAAGAAAACGACAAAGACGAAAAGACAUUAUCGAAUUUGAACGAUGGGGAAUUAAAGGCACUCCUGGAUGAAGCUAUUAACUACAAGAAUCCUAAGGAUAGGGAAGGAAAAAGUAAAUUGUUUAAGGAUCUUCUCAUUCAAGCCGAAGAAACUGAACGCAUCGCUCGAGCGACUAGUGCUGGUGGAUCCGAAGAAGCUCGCCAUUACAAUCCUUCGGCAGCCCGUCGCCACCACGGCCGCCACAGCGCUGGCGCUGAUGGCGGUAGCGGUAGUGGUGGACAUCACGGUGGAAGAAGACAUCACGAUAGACACCGGAAACCGUCUUCCAUCUCGGAGAAUAUGAUGCAUGGAGGCAGCUUGGACAAUCUGGCCAAGGAAGAACUGUUUCUGGAAUCACGGCAAUGUUUGAUUCCGAAGAUGAAGACAGUUAGUACGAGGCAGAGAGAAGGGGGCAGCCUACCAUGUGAUGUAAACUCCAGUGUUAUUAAUCCCAACAUUCAUUCUUUUAUUAAAGAAGUAAAGAAAAGUCAAGCUGCUAUUAAGGAUAAGGAAUACACCACUGCAGAUAUUGAGACAGAUUCAGAAAACCAGAGGCUUCUAGAUAAUGAUGUUUUAGGGCAAAACUAUCAAGAAUCACAGGAGAUCACUAUUGUUCCGAGGUUUACAACAAAAGCUACGUUACAAAUUGCUGCUACUCCAGUGGAUGAGCCGAUCUCCUUUGAUUUAGACACCAUUGCUGAUAGCAAGAAACCUCCUGAACUAGUAGAUCCUAACAAGGUGCUGCACAGCAAAUAUAGUGUCUUUUUUCCUACAUAUAGAAGUACAGAAGAUAGGAAAGUUGAUGAAAAUGGAAACGCUCUCCAUCAAAAUACCAACACAAAAACCAAGAAAAAGAAAGCCCAGACAGAUAAAAACGUGGUCGUUCUUACAGCUGAAAGUGUUGAAGGCCAUCGAAGUGACAUAAUAAACGAUGUCGACAAAUUGAUCCAGUACAUCGGUGGUGAUAAAACUGAUACGCCUUCAGGCAAAAGUUCAAAAUCGAAUGUCCACAAAUCUAAACAAUUACACAAACAACAUGCGUCUGAAGAUUCUGGUCGAGGAAGCAGUGGUAGCUGUAAAAAGCAGCGCGCUCAUUCGUCGAAAGGAAAAGAAUCUAGGUCUGAAAUAAAGAAGAGUAAUUCGUUAGGUGAAAUAUCGACUGCUAAGUUGGACGAUUUUACCUUUGUUGCUCCUGAAAACGACGAUGAAAAUAAAGUCGUUUUGAGAGGGAACAAGUACCAAAGCGAUAGACCAAAGGAAAGAAGAUCGUGGGGAAAUGUUGAGGCGCCAUCUUUUCAAAUUUUGUCGAGUAACGUCUCCACAGAGAACCUUGAAGCAGCUGAAAAUUGGGUUGUCACUAAAACGAAAAAGAAGAGCAAAAAGCGUCGCAACAGCAUCAGCAGUGGCAGCAGGGCACAAAAUUCUACGUACGAAAACAACGGCAAACAGCACUCAAAUCGCGUUCCUUCUCCGGACUUCCGUGGAAAAUCUGCUUCUUCUGUGCCUCAGAGUGAAAAGUCGGACACUUCAGACGCAGAUUCCGUUCAUUCUUUACCUAUUGACGGUAUAAAUGUGCCUAUAUCGUAUGCAGACAUAGCCAAAAAUACCGAGAAAGGUAAAGAGAAGAAAACUACUCCUGAAAAACCCGAGAAAGUGCCAAACAAGGACAGAUCACCCAAACCCGAGACUGAAUCAAAUACUAAGAAGGAAAAAUCCAAUAUAAAUAUUACUAACAUUAACAAAAAUUCUCCUCCGUCAGUGACUAACAAUAACAUAAAAUCCCCAGAGGUCCACAGUUCUAAAACUCUCCCCGCCAUACCUACCGAUUUUCCGAAAAGUGCCCAACCGCCCGAUUUCAACGACGCUAGAAAUUUCCCAGCGAUGUCCGCCGAAGUAAAUGUCCUCAAAAGCCCUCCCGUCAUCAGCGAGACACAAGUACCAAUAUUUCCUGUCUUACAAUACACUGAAAACACUAGGCAAUAUCCACCAGAUGUCAACGAUACGAAAUCAUUUCCUGCAAUGCCGACAGACAACGCAGCUAAAGGAUUUCACGCCAUCGGUUCGGACCUUAAUAAUACGAAAAGUUUUCCCGUUAAUAAUAAUAAUAAUAAUAAUAAAGUAUUAAAUGUGGAGAAGACGAAUGUUAAAAACACUACGGUGAGUGGUAAAGUGAGAAACGUGUCGCCGACUACGAGAACCGCCCCCUCCAGAGGUACAUUUAACAAUAACAAUAGCAAUCUUAACGUGAAAAGUGGUGUUAUGCAAAACUCUAUAGGUGUUGUUCAUAAUGAUAUACAAAACGAUUUGUCGAUACUCCAUUCAAAUGAAAAAGAAUCAAUCCAGUUCAACGCUCAGAUGUUGCCCCCGAAUAUUCCUGAUGUCCAGACCAUUGAAAAAAUGCAUUUCAUGAACUGCCAUCCACAGCAGCAACAGCCACAACACAUACCUUCCCCAAUCGUCGUCACUCAACACGUCCCCCGCACGAACCACCCACAUCCCGUCACUCAAUCGGAAUCAACUCAAACAUGCACUGAAGUUGUGACAUCACUACCUAGCAACAAAAAUAAAGUAGACUGUGAUAAAAGUGAUCGAACAAUGGUGAGCGAUAGCAAUAGUAAUAAGGGUGAGGGUGGGGAGGACGAGCGGCCACCUCCAGUAGUGAUUCUGAGCGGUAUAGGAAAUAAGGAAGUUACGGGUCUGGUGUUCGGAUUCGACGUGAACGAACAAUUAUUGCAAGAUGACGUUUGCAACAAUUUCGUAGCAAGGUUCGUAGCUCCCGAAGGAUACACGCACGUAUCGCAUAAUCAUGACAAAAUCGUCAACUUUAUUGGGUCAGCGUGGGAAGCCAUAAUCAAUCAGCCGAACGGUAAGGUCAAGUACUACAUGGAAGAAUCCUAAACGUGGAUAAAGUGAUAGUGUUGUACUUGUUUGAAUAAAAAAAAACCGUUAAAAUACUAGUCAAAUCACUGACAUUUCGUAGUUUAAACCCAAUAAACUUGAUACAAAUAAAACUUAGUGAAAUUUCGGAUACACGGAUACGGUAGCGAUGAGAAGUACUGCCUUUAUUAAAUGCUGCUUGAACUGUAUAGAGCAGAUGAUGAAGAAGCAUGUCGUCGUCGGGAGCAAAGACAAAGUGUCAAAACAGGAAACCUCGAAUUUUCCAUGAUAACAAAGACUCGAUAGUUUCAGCAAUAUUACGAAAUAGUUAACGAGGGUGGCCUCGAGAUGUCCCGCUAGGAUGAUCCUUAAAAACCAAACACUUUACUACUAAUGUCACAAAAACAAAAUAAAAUAUCAGGUGGUAGAGGUUAAAUUAUUUGUCGCCAAAAUGAUACAAUGAUUUAUGAAUUAUUAUAUUAAUUAUAUUUAGUUUAUGUAUUCAAUAUAAAAUUGUUCGUAAAUGUUUUCGAAAGUUGGGAUCCACUUGUCUUAAAAUUAUAUAGGUGUCCAAAGUACAUACGUUAAAAUGUAUCAAACUUACAUGCAAAUAAUUAUAUUGCUUUGUUGGUUUUAUGAAAGUCUUGUCUAGAUGGCUAGAUAAUUCCGAUAACUAUGGUCUUUAAUCUAUUAUUCCCAAUUUAGUUUAACUAUCAGUUAGUUUUUAUAAGGUUUUUGUUAAUUUUAAAUAAGAACCAUAAAAGAAACCUGGCUGGUUGUUAUUCUUUAUUAAAUGGUGUAAGUUAAUUCAAAUGAGUUCUUGUUGUUCUUUCUUUAUUACUUUCAUAUAUUUUACAAUAUAUUUAAUUAAAAAAUAAUAUAAAUUUUAUAAUAUUUAUAUCAUUGUUUUAUAAGUUUCGUUUUGUCUCUAUCUACUUGUUAAUCUCAAAUCACUAAUCGUAAUACUUUAAUCCAACAAAUGUACAUGGAAAAACAAAAUACUGGAACAAUAUUCCUAAUUGCAGCAAAUGGUGAAUUAUGAGUGAAAAUGAGUUAAUGGCAGAUGCAAAUCGAUCUGAAUAGCAGAUAACACUAAAACUUGACAGUAAAUAAAACUUCGUAGAGACGCAUCUGAAGAAAUGUUUAGCUUCUGAUGGUUCAAGUCCUGUAAAUCGAGGUGAAAGUACGUCAUUUAGCGCAUCUCACCAUAAAUAACGUGUAAUGUACGCUGCAAUCACUCCAGGGAACAAAUAUGCUUCAUAUUCCAAUUUUAUUGUUUUUCAAUUAUUCGCUAUAUCUUUUUGGUUUAUUUGAAAUUUUUCUCAUUCCUUACCAAAAUUUUUGCUUAAGGUGAUAUUACAGAAUAGGCAUGCUUCAUGGUAUCAUCUUCUCCCUUACUCAUAUGUAUGUUAUCUUGAAGGUCUGACAGUAGCAAUUAUCACUUCAAUCUUUGGAAAGAGUUUGAACCGCUGUCUUUUUUACUUAUAUUAUCAAGAUAUAAAAGAAUAAAUAUAUUGAUAAAUUUGUUUUAAUACAUGCACUGGGUGUAGUGGGGUUCCAUACCACUGCUCGAGGUGUACUUAUGAUGAACUAACAUACUUCCGUGACAAAAAAUAACAUUUUAGACAUACAGAGUAGAAGGAAAGUUGGAAAAUGUUUUGAAAUUUAACCAAACUAGAGAUAGUAUUUGUGUCACACAUCCCAUAUGAAGAGAAUAAAAUGAAAUCAAAAAUUAUAUGAUUGUAUUUUUUAUGUUUUCACGCUUUAUUUCUCUUUGAGUAUUGUGAUUUUUAAAUAUCGUUUGUAGAAUGAGUUAUAUCAUGAGUAAUUGUUCUAAACAAUAGUAUUCUUUAUUGAAAAAGCAAGCUUUUGGCUAUGCUCUGUUAGGCGCGUACUAACAUUUGAGCAAAUUUACCUACGCUACGCUGUACGCGCACAUACGUUGACGCAUUUUAAUUUACAGCAAUUAUUGUGUGUUUAGGGAUGCUUCAGUUGUGCGUCGGUUUAGUUUUAUACAAGAUCUCAACAAAAAAUGAGGUCAUAAUAGCAAGUGCAGCCUAUGUAGUAAUUCAUAGUAUGCUUACACAAAAAAAAGCGGGAUAAGCGAUGGUGGAUAACACAGUAGUAUAGAAGCAGGUAGAUAUAUAGUGGAUCUGUUUUGUUAAGAGGCUUAAAAUUUCAAGAACUAGUGAACAAUUUCAAAAUUUUGUUUGUAUGUCUUCGAUAGAUUUUGAAAAACUAAUCAAUGUGAUCAAUCAUGAGCAAAAUGGAUACGAAAAAUGCUGAGUUCUCCGUUACUCUCCGCUCCAUUCUUAAAAAAAAAUCGAAUUAAACAAUUUUUAACUAAAAUCAAUCCGUACAGUGUAUCGACACAACCUCUACAUUCACAAAUACCGUGCAAACUGAGCAAAUUGACGCGUAAAUAUUCUUUGAUGUCGUCCAGAAAUCGACUACUGGCGGAUAGCAUUCCGGCGGGGACACCUACAGACCUGAGCAUUUUUGCGCGCAUAGCGUUCAAGCGAAUAAAUUUGCUCAAGUCACUAAGCGUCUUUACAUUGAUCUACUAACAUUUCUUUAAUUUGCCGCGUAGGCCAUUAUUAAAUAAAUCAUAUUUUUUAAUAUUUCGUCUUUUUUUCUUAAUUAGUUGGUUUUGAUAAAGACCAAUUUUGUCUUACUUCAUACUUUAUCUACCUAAAAAUCAAUAUUAACUAAUAAUUAUCGUGGCAUUAAAGUCUUAAAGUCAACUUACAUAGAAAGAGGUGAACAUUUUCUUUUAUGUUUAUUAAUUUAGUAAACUGAAGACUUUUUAAGGAGUUGUAAUGGAGAAUGAUGUAAUGAGAAUGGCGAGAAACAGUUUAAAAGUUUGCUAACUAAAUUUACUGGUUUCGGUAACUUUGAAGAAUCAUACUAAUUCUUAACCUAAGAUAUAUUCAAAGCUUUAAGAUUGUGUACAACUCUAGUAGCUAUUGCAUUUAGCAAAUGAUUGGGCUUGGGGAUCAAGCAUGUUGCUGUAUUCAUUUUCUGCUUCUAUACUGUAAGAAGAUUAAAGAACCAAAGGUCUUUAUUCAAAAUCAGUUGAUUGAAUGAUGACGACCAGUUUCAUAAAGCUGUUGGGCUAUGCUAGGCUUGCGUGAAUCUCCCUGUACAUUUAAAUUUACGUUCAAAAAGCGCCUAUUUAUAUAUAAAAAUCCACUGGUAUCAGCGUUUUUUAUAAUUAAAAAAAAACAAAUAAUUUUAUUCCAUAAGUGGUUUUCUCCCUGUAAAUGCACAUUAAAAAUAAAAUUGUGUAAAUACACGGUUGUAGUAUUCUUCUUUCAGUUCAGUGAUGAUUUAUGUUGCUUAUACAGACAAAUUUAGUAUUCAAAUUUUCACCUAGCAAUUUUCUGAUUCUUUGGACAGAACUGUAUGGCAAAAUUGUUAAAGCAUAAAAAAGUGUCACAUUUUUCGUUACAGCAUUUUUUGUAGAUAACUUUAAAUUUUCAACAAUUGUUUAGAGUUUUUCCAUUUCCAAAAACCGUAUGUUUUUUGUUUUUUCUCCAAUAUUUAUUCUCAUGCGCUGGAUUUUUUUUGUAGAUACACUUUCCGUGAUAUUCGGGAUAAAAUGUUUAAAUACAGGGAUCUGUAACGUUUUCCCAGAAUUUUCCACAAUGGUUUUAGCUGUGACAAAAUCAAUUUUAGCUGUGACAGACUGUACUAUUUAGUUUUCCAACAACAAAUAAUUAGCAACCCCCUGUGCAACUUUACUACAAAUAAUACUAACAUUUGACCUAGGCCGAUCUAAAAGGAAGAACAAUUAUGAUAAUUAUGACAAUAUGUUUUAGUUUUAUACACAGUUAGUACAAAGAAUAAUCAAAAAUAAGAGUAAAAAAAUAUUUGCAAGUAUUUCUGUUAUUAUUUUAGAAUAUUUAGUAAUUUACCGUGAAUCUAGAAAAGAAAGAAAUAAAUAUGACAUUACCUUCGACUAUCAGACUGUAAAUAUACAACAAAUCAUCACCAUUUUUCAGUCAAUCGUGGCCACUUCUGGAUAUAGGCCUCCCUCGGUAUCUUUCAAUGUUCUUUACAUUAGACAGCUUACAAAAAGUUUCCCGCUACUUUCUUAUAACUGAUAACGUAUAUUAAAAAUAACUUUUUUGUGCUUUUAUACAUGAAAUCUCAACAAAAAAAACCUUAAAAAUAAAGAAAAACGUUUAUUAAAAAGCAUUUUAGGUAGCAGGCCUAUACUAUUAACGAUAAAAGAACAGUGUAUCGUAUGGUUACACAAAUUAUUUGUCGUUCACUUUCUAAUGACAUUUGAAAAUUAAUAAGAUAAUAAAGGAAAACAUAAAAUAACCCUAUGACUUGAUGUAUUAUAAAAAAAUACGGCAGAAAUCCUAACCCGUUUUUAAGGAUCGUCCGAGUAGUAACCCGACAUUUCGGGGCCAUAACAAUAAUUUAUUAUUUAAUAAUUCAACUGCAUGUUGACACCAAAGUGUUACAGAUAUCGUCAAAAAUAACUAUUUUUUUUUUCUUUUAAAAAAGUGCUUGUGCUAUCAUGGCGCUACGUUGAGCCUGUGGUGCGGGAAUGUUUGCGGAAUGAAAUUUUUUACGUUUUAUGUAAAAGUACAGAAUGUUCCGAACAAGCAUAGAAGUAUAUGUUUUGUUUAAUUAUUUAUGAAGAACUAUAUGUAUUGUUUUUGCUUUUCAGAUGUAGUAAAAAUUGGCAAGAUAAUAUUAUUUUGUAUAAAAUGUUUAAAAUUAUUCCAGAAUGAAUUUAAAUCUUUGAAUUUUAUUAACACUUCUUCUUCUUAGAGUGCCGUCUCCCUACGGAGGUUGGCAAUCAUAAUGGCUAUUUUUAUUUUAGAACUUGCUGCUCUAAACAAAUCAAUCGAUCUGCAUUGGUACCAAUCACGUAGAUUCUUUAACCAUGAGUUCUACCUUCGGCCAACAGAUCUUCUUCCUUGAAUCUUUCCCUGUAUUAUCAGUCUCAAAAUUUCAUAUUUUGGUCCCCUCAUCACGUGGCCUAGGUAUUCCAGUUUCUGGUUUGUAUAGUGGUGAUUAGUUCUGUUUCUUUACCAACCCUCUCCAGUACUUCUUUAGUUUAUUAUUACAGCCUAUUUGGUUUUUUUAUCAAAAUGAUAAUUGUCUUGAUUUAAAAAUUGUACAUAUAUACAGGAAACCUUUAAUAUAGUAGAUGGGUCUAAAAAUUGCCAUUUUGUAUGAAUAGUUGUUAUAUAAGCAGGCAAAGCAACAAUUAUGGGAUUAGGUUCCGGAAUAUUUUUUUAAACUAGAAAUUAGUAGUUUUAUUCCAUCUACUAUUAGUAGUCUAUCACAUCUACUAUCAGUUUCCGUCCCUUUUUAAUUUGUUUCUGUGCCUUACAGAUUUCUUAGUAUACAAAAAAACAAUUUUGCAGUUCUCCUUGUAGUUUACGUCUGCUUUCAGGUAGUGCCUUUACAUCUAAUUCAGCUAAGGUUACACAUUCACUUAGUUUUUUUUUUAUAUUCAUCAAAUGCCGUUAGAAAAGAUUCUGAAGCUUCAUCACUGCUAGUGUCAUCAGAAUCAACUUGCAUUACAUUUUUUAACGAAAGUUUCAUUAAAUCUAGGCCACCACUUUCUUCUUCCGUCAAAAUUCGACUCGAUUCGAGUGGACAGUUUCUAACAUGUCAUCAAUUUCAUUUUGUAAGGGUUUAAGCCAUUUUGCGUUCCAACCCAAAUUUAAUAUUUAUAUUGUCAGUCCAUUCAGUAAUGAGGCAAUUGUUUCAAUAGAAUCUUUAUGAUUCGAUGCCCCGUUUCACUUCUAUCUUUCCUUCUAUAAUAAGCUUUAAGAACUGGUACUUGGAAUUUCGAAAUAUAUGACCCUGAAACCAACCAAUGUUUAUUGCAUCCUUCUGUUAUUAAAUUUGAUUGUAAUUGUGCAAACCAAACAUAUAACAGUAAAUGAACUGUGUAUAUCUGCGUUAAUAAACUAAUAAUUUUAAUAUACAAAUUGGGGAAUAUGUACAAUUCGUACAUAUAUAUGUCCAUCAAUAGAAAACACAGAUUUUUAUGUACCGGAACAUUCUGUAUAUUAUGAUAGAGGCUGUUGUUAUAUUCGAUGUAUCAUUUAACAGGGUAAGGGUGCACUGAAUUCAAAAAUCAAACUAUAAUUGUCACCUCCAAACCUGUAUCCUAUGUAUUUUAAUUUUUAAAUAUAUUUUAGGAAUGAUCAUGUAAAAAGUGACUGAUUGUUUAGUGAUAUGAAGAAAAAGCAGUUCCAACUAGAAAACCAUCGUAUGUCGGGAGUUUUCAUAAAAAAUGUUUUAAACCACAAGAACAAAUUUUUGAAAGUAUGUGGAUGUUUUUUAAAAUUUUUUCUUACGUUGAUACUUUAAUUGAUAUCUAACAUGUUGUCUGGCAUGUGUGUUUAUGUAUCAAUGAUCAAUACACGAUAUAUGGUUUUGUUCCGAAUGUUCAUCUGUUGCUUUUGCAUUUUUAUGUUGGCUUGACAGAUUUGUAGAAGUUUUGAUGAAAUGUCUUGUCAUUUUCUGUACAUUGAGUUUUCCCUUAAAACUAAUUUUUUUCUUAAUGUGUCUAUUAAAGAUUAUCGUUUUUCUUUGGAAAAAAAUAAGGAUAUUUAUGAUGUUAAAUGAUACACAGAUUUGGCAUCUAUCCUUUGAUUUUUCAGGUGCGGUUUUUUCUAUCCAAUUUCAAUGUUUGCUAGUUUGUAGCUUUCCAUUUCCAUAUUGAGAAUACUAUAAUUGUUUAUAACAAUAUAUCAACAAUUUUUGGACCACCUCACAAGCUCAUGGUUAUUAUGACAUGAGUACCCUUAUUCCAAAGAAGUAUAGCUGAAAAUAUCACAAUUGGGGAGCCAUUUACUCUUUAAGUGGGCUAAAAUUCCACGAUUCAUUUCCUAUGUAGUAAAUGCUUUUCAUUUAGGCUGUCCAUCAGUUUGGUAUUCCAAAUUGUUCUAAUUUGUAAAAUUAGUAAUUAAAAAUUAGUUAUGCUUUGCUAUCCCUUAUCUCUUACAUUUCAGAGCCAGUAAUUUUCCUACUUGCAGUGCCACAUUAAUUUUAGUCAUCUAUAUUUUGCAGUUUUACAGUAUUUCAAUUUGUUUUCUAAGUUCUGUUGCGUUUCACUUGCUUAUGUAUAUGAAUCUUUAAACAUAUUGUCAAAAAUAAUGCAGACUUUAUGGCUAGAAAUCAUAAAAUAUAUGAAGAUGACUCCAAUUUGUGCGAUUUAGUUUGGAACUGCUUCUAUGUUACAUAGCAGAAGUGAUAGAGUGUAUAAAAAUUUCUUUCCUAGGACAAUUGUAUGAAAGGUACUCUUUUCGGAAUAGACGUUGUAGGAUAAAUACUUAUUUUUUGACGGUGAUAAUAUUUUAUAGUUUCUUUUCCUCUUUUUGUUAAAAUAAAAUAAACAAAACCAUAUAAAUAUGUAAAAAAUGUGUAAUAGGAAAAAAAUAUAUAUGUAACAAUGUGUGUAUGCUUUUUUCUUUACGAAAAUAUGCCGGUGCCACUUUUUUCAAUUGUACAAAAAGUGGCAUUCGUUGUAUUUGGAUACAUAAAGAAAAGUUUUAUAUAUAAUCUAGAUGGUUUUAUUUUUUUAAUUCAGUGUGUUUCUGUUAGACAUUUCUCACAAACGUAAACAAGUCACUACAACAGUGUGUAACUUGUAAUAUUUUCAAUAAAACGACAAAAAAUCAUUGUACAAUUAUAUCAAAUGGACUAUUAAAGUCGUGAUGGGACAUGAGGAGUGUUAAGCUUCAAAAUAUUUGCAAAGAAAUUCAUAAAUGCAAAUUUCCGCUUUCUCGUUAAUAUUUACAAUACAUGAUAGAUAAAAGAGUAAUAAUUUUUUUAUAUAGAUAUCUAAUAAUCAGCAAUCAUAUUAAACAUUUCUCCAAAAAAUGUUACAAAUUAUGUAAUUUUUAUCUUUGUGGCGGAUUACAAAUAUUUGUGCAGUAAAUUGGAGUAAAACUGAAUACAACUGAACAAUUACAAUUUUAAGAAUUAUAUUUUUAUCUUAGUUCCUUUAACUCCAAUUGAAGCAUAUAAUAUUACUCGUCAUGACUUUCGAAAUUUUGUCGGCGCAGAGAGCAUUCAGAGAGAAAAAAGUCGAUGAAUUCCGUGACUUGAUUACGAGAGUUACAGGUCGAAUUUACUUCUCCGACUAAGAUCAUUCCCGGUAAUUUUGCUGUGCAUCAACUAGGCGUACCGAUUGGAGGAUUUCCAAAGUCAUUAAAGUUUUGACAACUUGUAUACUUAAAUAUUCUCCAACGCCGUUGAUUCCAUCAGCGCCUUCACCUCCAACAAAAUCUUCAAUUUUUCUAGCCUCGUGCUCCACAGAUUCCUUUGAUAUUUUUCUUGGUCAACAUCUUUGUCUGCGUCCUUGAGGAUUCCAAUAUAACGCAUCUUUCUCAAUUAAGCUAAAGUUUUCCUUAUCUUAGAUUCCAUCCGUUUCCACUUUUUUAUUAGAAUUUCCUAAACUCUCUUUUUUUACCUCUUCGGUGAUUGUACCAGGUCACAUUUGGCCACCACACAAAUUAAAGACUUUGUUAACAGGAUUAGGAAUUUUUUUUUCAUUAUUUAAUAUGAAUAUCGAAGAGUUAGAGCUAGUUACUAGCUUUGAAAGAUGUCUUGAGACCUUUACUGGUCUUAAAAUUGUAAGAAAGUUAAAUAAACAACUUUAAAAUGUACCAACAAUAGACACAUAACCUAAAAAUUUCGUAUAGACAAUGUGAUCAGUGCUUACAAAAAUCAAUGAUAUAUCUCUUCUUAAAGACAAAUAAAUAUUUAAUACAAUAUUAAUUUAUAGAUAAAAGAACUUUAAUCGUCACUUAGUGUCAAGGUAUAUGUCAAAUGAAACCUCUCAAUCAGCAAGUACUAUUUAAAAGUAUCCCCCAAUUGUCCAAGCAAUACCUAUGCAUUACUAUUAAGAUUAAUUCCUUGCUUGUUUAAAAAGUAUGUAAGAUCCCAUCCUCGUGAGCUAUCGCAAUUUAAUAGUCUGAAAACAAUGGUUUUUUUUUUAAACAGAUUUGCUGUUUGUUUAACGACAAUUGAAAACAUUUUGUGUCAGUUUUAAAUAAAUUAGACAUUGUUUGUUUUAAAUAAGUGUACCUCAGCAUUAAACAUAUCAAUUUUGUUAAAUUUUUGCUAUUGUUUCAAUUUAUCUGUGAUUAAAAUAUAUGGUUUAGAAUUAUAUAUUUUUUUGUAAUACUCUUGGCACCUUUUGGAUUUUGGUGUUUGUAGACCAGUUUUUUACUAUAGAAGUUAAAAUGAAAAAUAUGUUAGUAAACUAGUCACCCAAUAUCGACAUUAAGUGCCAUUUUCAUAAGAUUUCUGUUUUAAACUUCUGGAGAAUCCCAAUAUAUCAUAACCUAAAAAACAUCAUCUUAAUAAUGUUUUCUUUCUGUCUAUACACUGGCUUUGUCUCAUUAAUUUUCCCAAAUAUUUGUUGUUUUGAACAUCGUUGGCUGCGGGCACUCUUGGUCCUGAACUCUAGUUUUAUGUAAAUUUUUGUUUCAAGUACUUAAGUUUUUGAUAAACGUGACUAUUCUGUCUCUUAAUCAACGUUUCCUCAUUCUCUCACUGGGUUUGUACUAUAUUUUCUGUCGCUACUUGUGAGAAGACUUUCACUGUGUUUUUUCUGAUUUGUCAUACCAUACAUAAUGUAUUUUAUUCUAUUAAUAUUCUCAUUGAAUUGCCUUUUAUGGUUUCUCUAAACAUAUUCAGUAAUAAUAUCCAAAGCAAAAUUUUGAACAUGUUCUGAUCGGCUAAAAAUCAUACCAAAAACUGGCUAAAAGUACAAAUAUUAUGUACUUUCUAAUGUAUAGUAAUUUAAAUUACAAGCCCGCACCUGGGAACUACUAAUCGAUUACAGAUUACAAAUUUAAAUUCUUAUUGUAUGAGCCCAACAAAUCAAUCUUAUCUUGCUAAAUUCUUUCAUUUUAUUAAAGAUAAAUAUUUAACGAUAUCUGGUGACGUAGUUUUACAUUGAUCUAUGUUUAUUAGCUAAAUUGAUGUUAUUCUGUCAAAGCUUUAAUGAGUUGACAAUACUGAAAAAACAGAAACAUACUGCAAAAGCUUUCUUUGAGCAUAAAAUAGAUAUCACUGUUAAAGCUAGAACUUUAACUAUGUUUAUUUAUUGAUUAUAAAAUAAUUAGCUACAUGGAAUAGUCCCAGUGUUAUGCAACUUGAUCCACGGUCCUCAAAUUGCAUCAACUUUGAGAACUGUUCAACUCUUUGUUGUCAUUAGUUAUAUGCAAUAUUUGAAUAAAAAAUGUCAUGUGUAUUUCGGUUGUAUAAAAAACUAAGUCAUCUCGUUAUCAAUUUGUGGUGUAUCUGUGAUGUAUUAAUUGUUUAAAUUGUCACAGUAACUAAAUGUCACUUGUCAUUUUUAUUUAAUAGUGAAUUUGUUUUGUAGCAUGUACGUGUAAUAUACUUCCAUGGAUUCGAUCCGUUUCGUACGAUGUCUCCAUGUUCUAAUGCGAGACCCUGCUUUUUCCGCUUAGCAUAUAUUCUUUUCUUCCUAUUUUUAUUCCCAGUCACUGUUUUUAUAUUCCAUCUAUCUAGUCAUUUCCAUUAUAACCACUACUCCACAGUAUUUUUCUUUCAUUUUCUGGAUACUGUAUUUAGUAUUGUAAUAUAAUUCUAACAUAACUGACAUUUGUCAACUGUCAAUGCGAAAAGCUUCUAUGUCAAACAUAAUUUGAAUUGUAGAAAGAAUUUUAUAUUGAAAUAUUGCGUAAAACUACCCGAUACAAAGAAUUAUUAUGUAAAAUAGUUGUAUUAUGAAUUAUAAAUGAAAAAAGGCUAAGUCAUUUUUUAGUUUUUUAAAUAAUACGGCUGAAAUAGUUAUUUUUGAAAAUUUAGACAGAUCUAGGUGGACCUAUUGCUAGAUUUUAUAUAUACAGGUAUUUUUUUCAAAUUGUAAAUUGUUAAAAUAUCACAUUGUUGAUUCAUUUACUUCUAUAGAUAUCAAGGCUUAUUGUUAAUGAACAUUUGUAAUGUGUUAAAGAGAAAAUUGAGUGGUAUAUGAAAAGGUUCUUUCAAUUAAAAGAAAUUUUAUAGGAUUUUCUCAUGAUCAAAAUGUCGACUGCAAGAGAGUUUGGCUCGCUAUAAGGACUAAAUGGGAGAAAGCUCACUGCUAUGUUAUAUAAUUUUUAAUUUCCCUUUCUUGUUACUUUUCUGAUCUUUUGGAUUGUUUUCCUUCAUUCUUCAUUCCAUGUGUUUUCAAGUCACUUUUUGAAAACAAAAGUAUUCAACAAGUGUAUGAAAGUGUUUACUUUUUUUUUCACGUUCGUCUUUAUGAAUAUUUCUAUUAUCAGUAAGAAAACUGGGUGAAUUAUUGACUUCUUUUAUGAGUAUUUUUCCAUUACUUAUCCCACAAAAGAUCAGAUUUUAUCCCUUCUCUUUACACUAUUUUAUAUCGUUUGAGCUUAGCAUUUAUUGAAAUAAAAUUUUCAGUAUAUUAUCUCUUGUGUCGAAAAUAUUAAAUUUUGGAGUUUAUAACUUUAUUAGCCCAUGUUUGCUUACAAUCAUGAGAUGUAAGUGUACAACAAGCUUCAUAUAAAAAUGGAAAAUUGUAAUACUUGAUAGUUGAUAGAAUUUUGAAAAUAUACAGGGUAUUGCACCUCAAUUUUCUCGAAAUUGAUUGCUUUUUCUGGUACAAGGUGCAUUAAUGGUACAACAUUCACAAAAAGAUUUGAGCUGGCAAAUAUAAAAUAAUCAAAAAUUGAAUUUUGUAAUGUUACUGUUAAUAUUUACUCAGUACUUCGUAAUUUGAGAUGUACAGUGAUGUAUAACUUCAUUAUAAAUUUGUAUUUUUAAGUACAUUUGAUGGAGUAAUUGAAAGAAUCAUUGUCUAUGACAUAAUAUAUUUAUUCCAAUAGAACAGUAUCAACUACAUAUCCGUUUGCUGCAGAAACUUCACAACAAAAAUGCUGUUUAAGAAAUAUCAUAAAAGUUAUUUAUUAUUAUAAUUUAUUGCAGUGUAAAAACAACGAAAAUGCAGCACAGUACCUUUCCUUGAUACUCAGAUAUGUGUAAUAAUACGUCUGGUACAAACUUAAAACUGAUUUCAAAAUAAUGUACUAUAUAGAACUAAAAAUAAAUUGAGUAUUUUUCAUAUUUUCAUGAUUAAUGAUUAAAUUACCUUACUGCUGACCACAUUGGCUAGAGAAAUUAAAUAUCUACACUCAUAGAUGUGGUACAAACUUAGUUAUGUAUAACUAUACUUCAGUGCAGUGUUCCCAUUGACGAUUAAAGCUUAUUAACCUAGAAUGAGUAAUCAGUGAUGGCUUUUAUGGUUAAGAUGCCCAGAAAUAAAGAAAGCAAAUUAAUGUACAUUUAACGGAUGUAUACUGAGGGUUAUAAGUCUAGGAAAACAAAAAGGAAACAGAUAUUCUGUUUCAAAACCAUUCUUAAAGCACCUUGUACGUUUGAAUUACUAUCCUCGGAGCCUUGAUGUAGCGAGAUAUGACUAAUUUGUAAAAAGUUGUUGUUUAUUUUGUUGUUUUUUUAUUUAGCUUGAGUUAUUUUUUAUUUUAGUCUAUUUUGUAAUAAUAAAACAUUAAGAUCUUAAAAUAUACUACUUGUAGGACAUUUAUUAGAUUUAGCGAAUAUAUAUAAUUUUGUAUUAUAUAAUGAUUCUAUUUAUCGAAAACUAAUAAACGAAUAUGGUAGAUAACACUAUAACGCUCUAAAUUUUGUAGUUGGAUAAAGAAAAUGAAAAUCGCUGCCAGUCAAAGGUGGUUUAUGGUUUGACAGUGUUUACAACAAUUGACUUUUUUAUGAAGGUGUUUGCUUUAGAUAUAUCACUUGUGGUUUUGCGCCAACAGCUCUGUGUUCAAAUAUAUAUACUUAUUGAUUAAAUUAUUGUUACGCAGUUACGGAGAAUUUUUUUAAAAACCAUAUGGUAUGAGAGUUUAAACUUGUCAGAUUUUAAAUUCAAGCUCUAACUAAAUACUGAUCUAUAUGCUUGAACAUUAUAACGCGUUUAUAAAAAUCUCAUUCCUUUGAGCAUGAGCAUAUAGAUGAUCUGAUACAUGUCCUAUUUGGAGUAUAUAAAUUUCGUUUAAAAUUUCACUCAAUUCCUCUUAUUUAUUUUUCAAAUCGAAAUAAUAGAUAGAUGUUAGUAUUUUUUAACUGAAACUUUUUUCUUUUGUGUAUUUUCUUCUGGUUAAACAUUGUGUUAAGUAGAGAAAUGAUUUUUUAAUCGGUUCAGUUGUUACAUUUUUAAAGAUUAUUUACACAAAAUAAAUACUUGCUUUCUAAAUAUAUACAUUAUUUAUUCA